CGGACACCCCGAUUGCUCCUGUAUACUCCUCGUCAUUAAUUUCAUCGCCAACUUUGAUUCGGCUUGCAAUGUCAUCUCAAUCAGAACAGCAGUCGCCAGAGCAGGCCCAUCCCAAUUCCUGGGGAAAUGUGGAACGCAAAUUCAGCAAUAAAACUGCAAGCGAGUACUUUGAUCCUUGUCAGGAUUUUGCAGACCGUAGUCUGAAAUGUAUGAAACGGAAUGCCUACGACCGGGAGAUGUGUCACGAUUAUUUCCAAGCCUAUCGUGACUGUAAAAAGCAGUGGUUGACGCAAAAGAAGCUUGCUGGGUCUCCGGCCGCAAAGCAAUAGUCAUGCUUGUGGCAAGGCUACCAGUUAUAUUGUGAGCAUUUAAAUGGAUUACACAAAGCCAAUGCUGAUGACCUGCGAGCCAAAGUACUCAACAUCACCAUGGAACAUGGAUCAUGGUCACUUUUCUAGUCCACCGAUCAGCAUCGAGACCAAUUGACAUAAGUUUGCAGGCAAAAACAUGUCAUUCUCGGUGGAUCCUGUUGAACUUUCAUACAGUUUACUAGUUGGCCCACGAGAUAAGCGCAUUGUCGCAUUGUGGAUCUGUUAUCCCGAGAUUGGUCGCCGCAGUCUAC